AUGGUCGACAUGGGGGGCCUGGACAAUCUGAUCGCCAACACAGCCUACCUGCAGGCUCGAAAGUCCUCGGACGCUGACAGCAAGGAGCUGCAGCGCCGGCGCCGGAGCCUGAUGCUGCCCGGGCCGCAGAGCUGUGAGCAGCUCCGCCAGGCCCUGGCCACCGACUUCCACAGCCUGUGCGAGCAGCAGCCUAUCGGCCGCCGCCUCUUCCGGGACUUCCUGGCCACGGUGCCUGCGUACCAGGAGGCCAGGGGUUUUCUGGAGGAGGUGCAGAGCUGGGAGUUGGCCGAAGAGGGUCCCGCCAAGGGCAGCGCGCUGCAGGGGCUGGUGACCACUUGUGCUUCCGCCCCUGUCCAUGGGCACCCACACCCCUUCUUCAGCCCAGCUCUGAUCACCAAGUGCCAAGCGGCCACCACCGAGGACGAUCGAGCAUCCCUGGUGGAGCUGGCCAAGGCCGAGGUCAUGGCCUUCCUGCAGGACCAGCCCUUCCGGGAGUUCCUGGCCAGCCCCUUCUAUGACAAGUUUCUGCAGUGGAAAGUCUUCGAGAUGCAGCCGGUGUCAGACAAGUACUUCGAAGAGUUCCGGGUGCUGGGGAAAGGUGGUUUCGGGGAGGUAUGUGCUGUCCAGGUGAAAAACACUGGUAAGAUGUAUGCCUGUAAGAAACUGGACAAGAAGCGACUGAAGAAGAAAAAUGGCGAGAAAAUGGCUCUCUUGGAAAAGGAAAUCUUGGAGAGGGUCAGCAGCCCAUUCAUUGUCUCUCUGGCAUAUGCCUUUGAGAGCAAGUCCCAUCUCUGCCUGGUGAUGAGCCUGAUGAAUGGUGGAGACCUCAAGUUCCACAUCUACAGCGUGGGUGAACCGGGCCUGGACAUGAGCAGGGUGGUCUUCUACUCGGCCCAGAUGACCUGUGGUGUGCUCCACCUCCACUCCCUCGGCAUCGUCUAUCGGGACAUGAAGCCUGAGAACGUGCUUCUGGACGACCUCGGCAACUGCAGACUGUCUGACCUGGGGCUGGCCGUGCAGAUCCAGGAUGGUAAACCCAUCACCCAGAGGGCUGGAACCAACGGUUAUAUGGCUCCUGAAAUCCUAAUGGAAAAAGCAAGUUAUUCCUAUCCUGUGGAUUGGUUUGCAAUGGGAUGCAGUAUUUAUGAAAUGGUUGCUGGACGAACACCAUUCAGAGAUUACAAGGAAAAAGUCAGUAAAGAGGAUUUAAAGCAAAGGACACUGAAAGAGGAAGUCAGAUUCCAACACAGUAACUUCACAGAGGAAGCAAAAGAUAUUUGCAGACUCUUCUUGGCUAAGACACCAGAGCAACGCUUAGGAAGCAGAGAAAAGUCUGAUGAUCCCAGGAAACACCAUUUCUUCAAAACCAUCAAUUUUCCUCGCCUGGAAGCUGGCCUAGUUGAACCUCCAUUUGUGCCAGACCCAUCAGUGGUUUAUGCCAAAGACAUCAAUGAAAUUGAUGAUUUCUCUGAGGUUCGAGGAGUUGAAUUUGAUGAUAAAGAUAAGCAGUUCUUUCAAAGAUUUGCAACAGGUGCUGUCCCCAUAGCUUGGCAGGAAGAGAUUAUAGAAACAGGACUGUUUGCAGAAUUGAAUGACCCCAAUAGGCCCGCAGGUUGUGGGGAGGGUUCAUCCAGGUCUGGUGUAUGUUUGUUAUUAUAA